ACGGCGCGCGAAAGAUCAAAAUUUCUAUUCGGUGUGUCGGCAUCAGGCGGGAGGAAGAGAAACAGCCCGGCUAAACACUUUCUAAAUGUGCUUUAAAAGUCUUAAAUAGCCUUUGUCGCGCAGACAUUUGCUUAUCGACGUCUGUUGUGGCUGCCGAGAGUCGACGAAGCGUCGUCUCCGCUGGAGUGUUUUACAAAAAGAGCGUAAAGUAACCGGCGGACAAAGAUGAGCCUGGUCGUUUCUCAACAACAGGCCGAGGGGCUCCCAGCUGUGGUCCAAACAGCAACAGAGAGUGAUUCAGACAGCGGGAUGGGCUCUCCAGCAGAGGAGAUGGUCACAGAGACAGCCAACAAAAGAGAGGAGCUUCCAGAUUCUGAUGAUGAUGAUGAAGAUAUCACAGUACACAGAAAGCCUCAUCGUAACGCCAUCAGAGACAGUGACAGCGAGGAAGAGGGGGCAGCUGCGGAGAACAGUGUACACAUGGCCGAAGCACUGUUCUUAUCUGCUUCCAGCGGAGAGGAGAUGGAGACCGGAGAGGCAGAGGAGAAGGAUAAGAGGAAAGAGGGAGGGCCGCAGAAGAGCAAGAGAAUAAGCCGUGCUCCCAUUGACAGCGACGACAGCGAGCCCGAGCAAGAGAAAUGUGGAGAAAUGGAGGAGCAGCAGCAGGAGGAGGUGAGCAAGGAAGGGAAAUCAAAGAAGGACGGAAAGAAGAGAGAGAAGAGCCAGAGGCACCGGGAGAAAAAGGAGAAGCGUAGCAAAGCAGUGGAAAAAGUGAAGAAGAAGAAGGAGAGUGUCUCUGAAAUGAAUGAGAACGCGCCGCUCUCUCGGGGUCUGAAUGACAGUGGAUGUCCGCUGGGUGACACAGAUCUGUUUGACACUGGUCUGGAUGAAGAGGAAGAGGAGGAAGAAGAGUCUCUGGAGGCCAUCCGUGCCGCUGUCAAGCAAAAGAUGAAAAAGCAUAAGGAUCCUCUCCUGGAUGAGGAGGAGGAUGAGGAUGAGGAGGCACCAGAGAAACCCCAGCGUGUGGAGAGGAAAGCUGCACGCGCCAGCAAAGACGCAAUGAAGCAGCUCCACAGUGAAUCUCAGAGGCUGAUCAGAGAGUCGACACUUGGUCUGCCCUACCACAUCCCUGAACCGAAGACCAUCGACCAGUUCUUUAAGAAGAGAGCCAGGCCAGAGGGUCCUGCCAUGGCGUUGUUGAAAUCUACAAAGUAUUCAGCCAUGAUGUUGGAGACGCCAGCAGCUCCUCCUCCUCCUCCUCCCACCACCAACCCACCCAGCGAGCCUCUGCAGCCGUCCACAGAGCAGGACUCCUCUCCCUCUCUAGAUCUGUCGUCCACUCAGAUGCAGCCCAUACCUCAUCCUGCCGCCACCUCGUCCCCACAGCAGGAGAGCCUCAACCAGAGUAUGGAGACAACAGCAAUCCAAGAUCCCGACCAGGAAUCUGGACCGAUGCUUUACCUCUCUGAGAGCCUGCAGGAGUCACUCACAACGGAUGAAGCAGUAAGACCUGCUUCUGACUCUGGAGAAAACGCUGCUCCUGCAUCCCUGAAGCAAAGCCAGGCUGCAGUCGUGUCUGAAUCUGACACCCUGCAGAAAGAAGCUGGAUCUGGGGCUUCAGUAGAGCCUUUAGCCGCUCAGGGUGGGAGCACUGAGUCGUCAGCACAGCAACCUGCCAAACCCAAGAAGGACAAAUUGGCCAGACUGAAGGAGCUUGGACUGGACCCCCCGCCUGUUGCCAAAUUGUGUCCAGACGAUGGAGCCUUCAUUCAGCUCGAGCCUCCACAGCUCAACCCUGGUCUGGAGGCCCUGAAGGAGCGCUACCUGCGUCACGUCAAGGCGCCCGUACGCCCUCAAGGAGAGCGCACUAUGCAGCUCAACAUCAUCCGCAAAGACAGCACCCCAUCUGGCCAGGAAGAGUUGCACACUGAGUCCGUCACUGUCACUGUUAAAGAGGGAGCAGAGGAGCCUGUUGUUGCCAAACCAGGAGAGAAACUGCUGACUCUGAAGCAGCGCCUGCAACAUGCCAUGGCCCAAAAGAGACAGGAGGAGAGGGCACGGAAGGCCGAGCUGAAUCGCCUUGACAAUGAAGACUGCGGGGAGGAGGAAGAGGAGGAGGAAGAGAUGACUGAUGAGUCUGAGGAUGAAGAGAAUGUAGAUGACUUACUGGGAGGUGGUGAUGAUGGGGAGGAAGAAGAGAAGGAGCAUGAAGAUGAGGAAAGCAGCAUUGCCCAGAGUAUCAGGAGCCCCUCUCCUGUGGCACUGAACAGAGCCUCGCUAACUCCUGACCUAAUAAACACAGAAGGGACACUCAUGCUGUUUCCCGGCAACUCAUGCUCUCGCACCGGUGAUGGUGUAAGAAGGCCUGUUCCUGCUGGACAAGACAGCAGCAAUAAGAUGGAAGAGGACGACUCUCUGUCCCUAGUGAAGGACAACAGCCACAACAGCAGCUUUGAGCUCGCAGGAUCUAUGAUAACCUCCUACCAGCCCAUCAAUAAUCAGCGCUCUGCAGGAAGAAGUGUCUCCAACUCCUCCAUUUUCCGCUCCCCUUCUCCCUGCCUCUUCAGGCCCAGCUUCCUCGGCUCGGCCUCCAAGAGUUCAGGCAAACUCUCCGAGCCCUCUCUCUGCCUCCCUGUUGAGGACUCCCAAGACUUGUAUGCACCGCCGUCCCCAGGAGCAGAUUCAGGGCCCCUGGGUGGAACAGCUUCCGGCCCCGGUCUUGGAGGAGACUCCCAGGGUCGCUUCUCCCUGGAGGACGACACCCAUUCCCAGUUACUCGAUGCGGAUGGCUUCUUAAACGUCGGGCCUCGGCCCGGCGCCCCUCGCUCCCACAAGAGACAGUUGAUCCUGGACAGCAUGGAUGAAAAUGCGAUGGAUGCCAACAUGGGGGAGCUGUUGGGGCUGUGCUCAGGUGUCUUUGGGACAGCAGAGAGCAGCUCAGGUAGGGCAGGAAGCCUCGGAGCAACACAGGAGGACGAGCUGCUCGGGUUGUGCUCUGGGGCGUUUCCACAAACACAGACAGGAGAGGAGCAGGUGGAAAUGGAGAAGAGUAAGGAGAGAGGACAGGAUGAAGAAUCUGACAAUACCAUGGAUACUCUGCUGGGGCUGUGUUCAGGGAAAUUUUCCAGUCCAGGUUCUGCUCACAUGGCUUCACCAGCACAAGACAGUAAAAAGAAGCCAGAGGAGGAAGAGCAGCAUGAGGAGGAGGAAGAAGAGGACUGUGAGUUUCGUCUUCUGUCAGAUGUGGAAAGUCACAGUGAGCAGGAGGACAGUGAUGAGGAUGGCAAAGAGGAAAACGAGGAGGAGGAUGGAGGUGGAGAGGAUGACGAGGCAGAUGCCGGUGAGGAAGAGGACAAUGAAGUAGAGGAGGAGGAGAUGCAGGGUGUCUUUGCACCACACCGGGUCAAGAAGAAGAAGAAAAUGCGUUUGACCGACUAUCUGGAGUCAGAGGCCGAGCUGUCCGGCAGUGAUGUGGGCAGCGAUGAUGAGGACGGCGACAGAGGAAGCGAAUACGAGGAAGAGGAGCUUCUUGAAGACCUUCCCUCUGAUGAAGAGCUGCAGGACCAGGUCAACAAGAUCCACAUGAAACAGGUCAUGGAUGAUGACAAGCGUCGUCUGAGGCUCUACCAGGAGCGCUACCUUGCUGACGGAGACCUGCACUCUGAUGGCCCGGGACGAGCUCGCCAAUUCCGUUGGAAAAAUAUGGAUAAUGGUUUCGACACAGGCAGGACGGGAGCAGAGGACGAAGAAGACGAGGACGAAGAUGAUGACGUGGACCUGUCUGAGGUCCAGAGGAGGAAAGAGAGACUAGAGAGAGAACAGUGGCUCAGAGAACAGUCUGAGCAGAAAGCCAAGAAGGGGGAAGAUUUGGACGCGGAUGAUGAGAAGAUUGGAGAUGAAGACAGUCAGUUCAUGAAGCUGGCCAAGAAACUGACUGCCAAGACUCUGCAGAGAAAAGCAGAGCCCCCUGUGGCACCGCAACCAGAGAAGAAGACGACAGCAGCUCUCAACCCCUUCCAGAGGCCCUUGCAGCCUUUACAGGUGAGGAGAGGGUCACUGCUGAGUCAGCCUCACUCCGUCCUUCAGAAGCUGGCGUCGAUCUCGGAGGGGAAUCCUCUGGCGCCCAGAAACAGCAGAGGAUUCCUGUUUCAGACUCUGUCUCCUGAGAAGGACAAGUCCACCUCAGACGCUCCGCAGAAACAGAUGAUGAAGAAGAGGGGGUCAGUGGAAGCAGUGAACCCAGCAGCGAAGAGGGUCUGCAGGGAGAACAGACCUGCAGCACAGACUAAAGGCCCCCAGAGGAGCAUCUUCAACUUCCUGGACCACUGAUCUGUCACAAUACACUAACUGAAUGAUGAUCAUCAGCAUGCUGGGAAGCAAACUGAUAAAGGGCAGACAUUACCAGCCACGUCCAGUAUUUCACCAGCCAGUAAGACUUCAGACAUGAAGGAGGUGGUAAAAUGAUGAUUACGUACCAAUGUGGCUGGUAGACGUCCUCUGUGUCACUUCUGAAACACAGAUGCUUGUAUGUGUGUUUGCGUGUUUACAUUGCCUUAUAAUGGCAAACUAAAGCACACCACUCAGGCAUCUCUUUCUCUUGUUUGGCUUUUGUGUGUAAAUUUUAAAUCCGUGAUGUCAUCAGAAGCAUUGAUCUGUCACACCAUACUUGACCUUAAUUUGGACUUUCUGACAGAAGUCCAUGUUUUAUCAUGUAAAUAGGAUUGAUUUUGUUUUUUAUGGUUAGGGAAGAUUUGUAUGAUGAUUUAAAUGUAUUUGUUUUACGUUGUAAAUAAAAGUGUAUUUUAAGACA